UUAAAUUCCCUCCUUCAAAUUUACACACACUUUCUGACCGUUUGAGAUUUUGCUACCUUCAUCCUCUCUUUCUCUCUCCUCUUCUUCUCAUCCACAACGCUCUCUCUCUCUCCUAAAAUUUCGAAUCAAACUUAGUUCGACGAAAAUGAGUGAAAAUGUGGAAGAAUGUUCAAAUUCCCCUGAUGUAAGUCAAUUUUCAAAUGAAUCCGAAGCGGUAUCGGUUGAUGAAGAGCCUAAGCUUCCCAUUUUAAAGAAAAUCGGCGAUAUUAGCGACAAGAUUCAGAUUUUGAGGAAAGAGCAUACUACUCUAUCCAACGAGGUAAAAGAUAUAACGAAAAAUCAAUUUCCUGGCUACGAAGUUCUGAAUACUCUUCAGCACCUUAUGUUGUUAUCAGGUGAGGAGCAUGAGAUUUUGAAGAAAAAAUACAUAGAAGAGUCUGCCCUAUUGAAGAAUAAGUAUCUUGAUGAAUACACUGAAAGAAAAAGGCUUUACAAUGAAGUGAUUGAGCUUAAAGGCAAUAUUAGGGUCUUCUGUAGAUGUAGGCCUUUGAACCAACAGGAACUCGCAAACGGGUCGAAUUCUAUUGUUGAAAUUCCCCCAUCCCAAGACCAUGAAUUGAGUAUAGCCUGUGCUGAUUCUUCGAAAAAACAGUUCAAAUUUGACCAUGUAUUUGGGCCUCAUGCUGAACAAGAGGAGAUUUUUGCACAAACAUCCCCAAUUGUCACCUCUGUUUUGGAUGGCUACAAUGUUUGCAUUUUCGCCUAUGGACAAACUGGAACAGGAAAGACUUUUACCAUGGAAGGGACACCUGAAAAUAGAGGAGUUAACUAUAGAACUUUGGAGGAGUUAUUCAGGAUUGCUAAUCAGAGAAGUGGUACCAUGAGAUACGAGCUGUUUGUGAGCAUGUUGGAGGUCUACAAUGAAAAAAUAAGGGACCUCCUGGUAGAGAAUACCAGUGAACCACCUAAAAAGCUGGAGAUAAAACAAGCUGCAGAGGGAACACAAGAAAUCCCUGGACUUGUUGAAGCUCGUGCUUAUGGUACAGAUGAAGUAUGGGAAUUACUCAAGACUGGGAGCCGAGUUAGAUCUGUUGGAUCAACCAAUGCAAAUGAAUUCAGCAGCCGUUCGCAUUGCCUGCUGCGGGUUAUGGUGAAAGGAGAAAAUUUAGUAAAUGGACAAAGGACAAAGAGCAACCUUUGGUUGGUAGACUUGGCUGGAAGUGAGCGCGUAGGGAGGAUUGAGGUUGAAGGUGAAAGACUGAAGGAAUCUCAGUUCAUUAACAAAUCUCUCUCAGCUCUUGGUGAUGUUAUAUCUGCCCUUGCAACUAAAACAGCCCAUGUUCCAUACAGAAAUUCGAAGCUCACUCACAUGCUGCAGAGUUCUCUUGGCGGCGAUUGCAAGACUCUGAUGUUUGUCCAAAUUAGCCCAAGUGAUGCAGACAUGGGGGAGACUCUAUGCUCACUGAACUUUGCUAGUCGAGUCAAGGGAAUUGAAUAUGGUCCAGCUCGCAAACAAGCAGAUUUCUCUGAGCUCCUUAAGUAUAAGCAUCUGGCUGAAAAGUUGAAACAUGAUGAAAAGGAAACAAAGAAACUGCAGGAUAGUGUACAAUCUUUGCAGCUAAGGCUUUCUGCCAGAGAGCAUAUCUGUAGAAGUCUUCAGGAGAAGGUGCGAGAGCUUGAGAACCAACUAGGUGAAGAGAGGAAAACUAGACAGAAACAAGAAAAUAGAGCUGUUGCUGCUGCUAAUAUUAUCAGACAACCAAGACAGGCACCAAAGACAACAACAGAAAAGAAGCCUCCUUUAGGUCCUUCAAACAUGAGGAUGCCACUGAGAAGAAUUUCUAAUUUCAUGCCCCCACCAUCGGCACCUGUUCAGGCCAAGAAAAAUUCUAAUUUCCAUUCUCGUCUCCCAAGUUCACAGUCUUCACACAAUGAUGGUGAUGAAAACAUUGGUCCAAAUACAAGAGGCACUCGAGGGCCACGAAGGAUCUCCUUUGCUGUGAGACCAUCCUCUGAACCGAUGGCAGCAUCAUUACAGCCAAAGAGAAGGGUCUCCAUUGCAACAUUUCGUCCUGAUCCAAGUUUGCAAAUGGGUACCCCUAUGAGCUCACUGUCAAAACGCGAGAGUGCAUUACCAAGGCCCUUGUUUUUUAGGGAGACAUCAAAGGUAAGGCGGUUUUCAAAGGUAUUUUCACCUCUGCCAGAAACAAGGACCGUUAGUUCCUCAAUGGAAGCAACACCGAAAAGUAGUAGAAGGUUUAUGGCAAGCCCUCCUACCCAACAGGCUGGUCCAUGGAGACCAAAGCACCCAACUGUAGUUGCCCUGCAGAAAAAGCCGGUUAUUUGGAGCCCUCUGAAGUUUCGAGGCAUGAAAAAUGUCCGAAGAUCUAUAGUAUGAUGAUGUGAAAAUAUAGAUUUCUAUCACCUACAAUAGGCUGUACUUGGUGAGAAAGUGAUGCAAAGAGUUUUGUAACAUCAGUUUGAUGUUAUGAUAUAUUUUUCUAUCUUGCAAAUUGCAAUAUGUGUAUUGGGAAGCUGGUAAUUGGGUUUGCUUGAUUUCAAAUUGGUUUAGUUACUGUAAAGGGAACUGUUUCAUGCCAAUAUUUAUACUGUGAGUUCAUGCA